CCCCCGACUCCGACUAGACUUUAUUUCCUCCUUCUCUUCCUAGACUUCAGCACUCGCAAAAUGUCUUCCAAAGCUAUCCGCGAGUACGACGCUAAGCUCUUGCUUGCCUACUGGCUCGAGCGCGCACCUAUCGUCGACCCCGCUGUCAAGUCUACGACCAACUUUGUUUUCCCUGCACCAAAGGUUGCUCAGGUCUCAUGGGAUCCCGCCACAAACACCAUCACACCCGACACUCAGCUCCCUAGCUGGGUUUUCACCACCAAGCUCGUCGCAAAGCCUGACCAGCUCAUCAAGCGUCGCGGGAAGGCAGGCCUCCUCGCUCUCAACAAGACUUGGGACGAGGCCAAGCCAUGGAUUUCUGAGCGUGCUGGAAAGCCCCAAAAGGUUGAAUCCGUCACGGGAACCUUGAACAACUUCAUUCUCGAGCCUUUCCUCCCUCACCCCUCCAACACCGAGUACUACGUCUGCAUCAACUCCCAGCGUGAAGGCGAUACCAUCCUUUUCACCCACGAAGGUGGUGUCGACGUUGGUGAUGUUGACGCCAAAGCCCUCAAACUCGACAUCAACGUCGGAAAGCCUUUCCCAUCUCGCGAAGUCAUCGCCUCCACCCUCCUCCCGCACGUCCCCGCCGAGAAGAAAGAUUACCUCGUCGACUUCCUCAUCCGCCUCUACUCCGUCUACGUCGACCUCCACUUCGCCUACCUCGAAAUCAACCCCCUCAUCUGCCUCGAUGCCGUCGACGGUGGUCAGCCCCAGAUCUUCUAUCUGGACAUGGCUGCCAAGCUCGACCAGACCGCCGACUCUAUCUGUGGCCCUAAAUGGGCUAUUGCCCGCGACUUGACUGUCUACGAUGCUGCUGCCGUCAAGGGCAAGGGUAUCUCUGCCGACCGUGGUCCUCCUAUGGUUUGGCCCGCUCCCUUCGGUCGUGACUUGACCAAGGAGGAGGCCUACAUCCAGAAGUUGGACGCCUCGACUGGUGCCUCUCUCAAGUUGACCGUCCUCAACGCCGAAGGUCGUAUCUGGACUAUGGUUGCCGGUGGUGGUGCCUCCGUUGUCUACUCUGAUGCCAUCGCUGCUCACGGUUUCGCACACGAGCUUGCCAACUACGGAGAAUAUUCCGGUGCUCCCACUGAAGGUCAAACCUACGAGUACGCCAAGACUAUCAUCGACUUGAUCACUCGCGGCACGCCCAACCCAGAGGGCAAGCUCCUCAUCAUCGGUGGUGGUAUCGCCAACUUCACCAACGUCGCCGCUACUUUCAAGGGUAUCAUCCGUGCCCUCAAAGAGUACAAGGCUGCCCUCAUCAACCACUCUGUAAAGAUCUACGUUCGUCGCGGUGGACCUAACUACCAGGAAGGUCUCAAAGCCAUGCGUCUCCUCGGCGAGUCUCUUGGUGUCCCUAUCAGGGUUUUCGGCCCCGAGACCCACAUCACUGAGAUCGUUCCCCUCGCUUUGGGCAUCAAGCGUGACGCCAAGUCCGUCGCUCCUUCCGCCGCCCCCUCCGUCCCUUCAAGCCCUCCUGCUACCAGCAGUGGUGCCCUCCCCGAGAGCGAAGGUGUUGGUGCCGUUCACGCGGAUGGCUCACGUACCCAAGCAGAGGACGGCAUCGUUCGCUUCGAGCCUGGCACCACCCACGCCCGUCCUUCCUACCGUCCUUUCGAUGCGACCACCAAGUCCUUCGUCUACGGUCUCCAGCCCCGUGCCAUCCAGGGUAUGCUCGACUUUGACUUCUCCUGCGGCCGUGCUACACCUUCCGUCGCUGCCAUGAUCUACCCCUUCGGUGGUCAUCAUAUCCAGAAGUUCUACUGGGGAACGAAGGAGACCCUUCUCCCCGUCUACACCUCGGUCGGUGAGGCCGUGAAGAAGCACCCCGAUGUCGACGUUGUCGUCAACUUCGCCUCCUCCCGUUCCGUCUACUCCAGCACCCAGGAGAUCCUCACCUUCCCCGAGAUCAAGUCCAUCGCCAUCAUCGCUGAGGGUGUCCCCGAGCGUCACGCCCGUGAGAUCCUCCACCUCGCCCAGUCCAAGGGUGUCCUCAUCAUCGGUCCUGCUACCGUCGGUGGUAUCAAGCCCGGAUGCUUCAAGAUCGGUAACUCUGGUGGUAUGAUGGACAACAUCAUCGCCUCGAAGCUCUACCGCGCUGGCUCCGUCGGCUACGUCUCCAAGUCCGGUGGUAUGUCCAACGAGCUCAACAACAUCCUCUCCAUCUUCACCAACGGUACCUACGAGGGUGUUGCCAUCGGUGGUGACCGUUACCCUGGCUCGACCUUCAUCGACCACUUGCUCCGCUACGAGCAGGACCCCGAGUGCAAGAUGCUCGUCUUGCUCGGUGAGGUCGGUGGUAUCGAGGAGUACCGCGUCAUCGAGGCCGUCAAGCAGGGUGUCAUCAAGAAGCCCAUCGUCGCCUGGGCCAUCGGUACUUGCGCGAAGAUGUUCACCACCGAGGUUCAGUUCGGUCACGCUGGCUCGAUGGCCAACUCGGACAUGGAGACCGCCGAUGCGAAGAACAAGGCCAUGCGCGCCGCUGGCUUCAUCGUUCCCGAGACGUUCGAGGACCUGCCCUACGUGUUGAAGGAGACCUACGACAGCUUGGUCGGCAAGGGUGUCAUCCGCCCCGUUCCCGAGCGUGAGCCUCCCGUCAUCCCCAUGGACUACAAGUGGGCGCAGGAGCUCGGCCUCAUCAGGAAGCCCGCUGCUUUCAUCUCCACCAUCUCCGACGAGCGUGGCCAGGAGCUUCUCUACGCUGGCAUGCGUAUCUCGGAUGUCUUCAAAGAGGAUAUCGGUCUCGGUGGUGUCGUCUCGCUGCUGUGGUUCAAGAGGAGGUUGCCGCAAUGGGCUACCAAGUUCAUCGAGAUGGUCCUCAUGUUGACUGCCGACCACGGUCCCGCCGUGUCUGGUGCCAUGAACACCAUCGUCGCCACCCGUGCUGGCAAGGACCUCAUCUCGUCGCUCGCCUCUGGUCUCUUGACCAUUGGUUCCCGAUUCGGUGGUGCCCUUGAUGAGGCUGCCUCCAUGUUCUCGAACGCUCGUGACACUGGUCUCACGCCUCGCGAGUUCGUCGACAGCGCCCGCAAGGCGAACAAGCUCAUUUCUGGUAUCGGCCACAAGAUCAAGAGCGUCAACAACCCCGACUUGCGUGUCGAGCUCGUCAAGGAGUACGUCCGCAAGAACUUCCCAUCGCACUCCCUCCUCGACUACGCCCUCGCCGUCGAGAAGGUCACCACGUCCAAGAAGGACACCCUCAUCCUGAACGUCGACGGUUGCAUCGCCGUCUGCUUCGUCGACCUUCUCCGCGACUCUGGCGCCUUCACACCGGAGGAGGCGGACGAGUACAUCAAGAUCGGCACGCUCAACGGUCUCUUCGUUCUCGGUCGUUCGAUCGGUUUCAUCGGUCACCAUCUCGACCAGAAGAGGUUGAGGAGCCCGCUCUACCGCCACCCCGCCGACGAUAUCUUCAUCAACAUGGCAGACCUUUCGCAGCCGAGGGUGUUGAGCAAGAUGGCAUAGGCGUCUUCUCGUUUUUCGUUUCUUGGUUGUCUCGUCAUGUCAUGUCGUUUCGUUUCGUUCUGCUUCACGCCUGCUUUCUUCCUUUCCCUUCGUCCC